ACGUACCGACAUAGUAUGCGCUCUCGUACGGCAUGCGGGUCGAACAUUAUGUGUGCUGCUAAUACAGGGCGUUUUGUAAAACCACCAGACAAUUUUUUCAAUCAACUGAGGGAAGAUACAAAUGACAGUCGUUUAAAACAAUCUAUAGAAAAUGAUUUAAUUGACAACAAGUAUGGUUUCAUUCGAAUUAAAGAUUAUCAGGAACAUACUGGUUACCUCAUCAAUAUGCAUAGUACUGAGAUUGUAGAUGAAGAUAAACGCUUAGUUGCUGCUGUUGAUUAUUAUUUUAUUAAAGAUGAUGGAUCUCGUUUUCGAGUAACACAACCUUUUCAACCAUAUUUUUAUCUUUUAACAAAAAAAGAAUUCGUACAAGAAGUAGUUGCUUUUAUUAGUAAAAAAUUUGCUGGUAGUUAUAUUGCAAUUGAUAUUGUUAUGAAAGAAGACUUGGAUAUGCCUAACCACUUAAUAGGAUUACAACAAAGAUACAUAAAAAUGUCUUUUGCCACUGUUACUGAGAUGAAUAAAGUACGUCAAGCUAUAAUGCCAGCAGUUCGAAAAAAUCGUUUAGCCCGUAAAAAUAAUUCUUAUUAUACUGAAAUGCUUACAGAAUCAUUAGCUAAUCUUACAGAAGUUGCAUCAAUAAAAAAACAAGUUGAUCAUUUAGAAAAUAUAAUUGAUAUAAGAGAGUAUGAUGUUGUAUAUCACAACCGUGUGUCUACGGAUUUGAAAAUCUUUACUGGACUAUGGUAUUCUAUACAAUGUCGUGGUCUUUAUAAUCAAGCUACUUUCAGACGCCGUGAUGAUAUUAUUGAUAGGCCUGACAUGAUAGUAUUAGCCUAUGAUAUUGAAACAACUAAACUUCCCCUGAAGUUUCCAGAUGCUAAUACUGAUCAAAUUAUGAUGAUAUCUUAUAUGAUUGAUGGUCAAGGAUUUUUAAUAAAUAACCGUGAAAUAAUAUCUGCAGAUGUUGAAGAUUUUGAGUAUACACCUAAGCCUGAAUUUGAGGGAUUCUUUACUGUUUUUAAUGAACCAGAUGAAGCAGCUGUAAUUAAUAAGUUUUUCGAACAUAUUAUGGAAGUCCGUCCUCAUAUUAUAGUUACAUAUAAUGGUGAUUUCUUUGAUUGGCCAUUUGUAGAAACUCGAGCAGCUAUUCAUGAUGUAAAUAUGGAUCAAGAAAUAGGGUUUUCAAAAAAUUCUGCAGGAUUUUAUAGCAGCCGUCCUUCCAUGCACAUGGAUUGUUUAUGCUGGGUAAAACGAGAUUCAUAUUUGCCAGUGGGUUCACAAAACUUAAAAGCUGUGGCUAAAGCUAAACUUCGAUAUGAUCCUGUUGAAUUAGACCCUGAAGAUAUGUGCCGCCUUGCAACAGAUGAACCUCAAGUACUUUGUAACUAUUCAGUAUCUGAUGCUGUUGCUACCUAUUAUUUGUAUAUGAAAUAUAUACAUCCUUUUAUUUUUGCUUUGUGUACUAUUAUACCAAUGGAGCCUGAUGAGGUGUUGAGAAAAGGUUCUGGUACAUUGUGUGAAAGUCUUUUAAUGGUGGAAGCAUUCCAUGCUAAUAUUAUAUUUCCUAAUAAACAAGAACAAGAGCUAAAUAAACUUAGUGAUGAAGGCCACGUUUUAGAUCAAGAAACAUAUGUUGGUGGUCAUGUUGAAGCAUUAGAGUCUGGUGUAUUUCGUGCUGAUAUUCCGUGUAGAUUUAGACUAGAUCCAGCAGCUUUUGAUAUGUUAAUAGAUAAGUCACAUGAAGUGUUAAGAUUUGCUAUUGAAGAAGAAGAAAAAAUUCCUUUAGAUACUGUUACAAAUUUGGAAGAGGUUUUGAAAGAUAUUGUUAAAAAAUUACAAGUUCUUAAAGAAGAUCCUUAUCCUUUGUUGAAACCAUUAAUUUAUCAUUUGGAUGUUGGAGCUAUGUAUCCUAAUAUUAUUCUUACUAAUCGAUUACAGCCAUCUGCUAUUGUUAAUGAAGAAGUUUGUGCUGCAUGCGAUUUUAAUAUUCCUGGUGCUAAAUGCCAAAGAAGUAUGACUUGGCAAUGGAGAGGAGAACUAAUGCCUGCAUCACGAACUGAAUAUCAACGUAUUCAGCAACAAUUAGAAACUGAAAAAUUUCCAGGAAGAUCUCCUGAUGAUCCUCCUAGAGCUUUUCAUCAAUUAAAUAGAGAUGAAAGAGCUACAUGGGAAAAAAAACGUUUAACUGAGUAUUGUCGUAAAGUUUAUAAAAAAACUCAUGUGACGAAAAUCGAAGAGCGGGAGACAACAAUUUGUCAAAAAGAAAACUCUUUUUAUGUGGAUACUGUGCGUGCAUUCAGAGAUCGACGUUAUGAGUACAAAGGACUUUGUAAGAGUGCAAAAAAACAAAUUGCAGAAGCUAUUGAGAGAGGAGAUCCAGUUGAAAUAAAAUCUGCAAAAAAUCGUGAGGUAUUGUAUGACUCUCUUCAGUUGGCUCAUAAAUGUAUUCUCAACUCAUUUUAUGGAUAUGUAAUGAGAAAAGGAGCUCGUUGGCAUAGUAUGGAAAUGGCUGGAAUAGUAUGUUGCACAGGUGCUGCUAUUAUAACAAAAGCUAGGGAAAUAAUUGAAAGAGUUGGCCGACCUUUAGAAUUGGAUACAGAUGGUAUUUGGUGUGUACUUCCAUCAACAUUUCCUGAAAAUUAUACAAUUGAAUCUACUCAUACCAAAAAAUCAAAAUUUACUGUGUCCUUUCCAAAUGCAGUUUUAAAUUCAAUGGUUAAAGAACAUUUUACCAAUCACGUUUAUCAUGAUCUCGUAGAUUCUGAUAAAUUAAUCUAUAAACAAAGAAGUGAAAAUUCAAUUUUUUUUGAAGUUGAUGGUCCUUAUUUAGCUAUGGUACUUCCUGCAUCUAAAGAAGAAGGAAAAAAACUGAAAAAACGUUAUGCUGUAUUUAAUUUUGACAAAUCAUUAGCCGAACUUAAAGGUUUUGAAGUAAAGAGAAGAGGAGAACUUCAAAUAAUUAAAAUUUUUCAGUCAUCUGUAUUUGAAGCUUUUCUCAAGGGUGAUACAUUAGAAAAAUGUUAUGAAAGUGUUGCUACUGUUGCUGAUUAUUGGUUAGAUGUUCUCUAUUCAAAAGGGAAAAAUAUGCCUGAUUCUGAAUUGUUUGAAUUAAUUUCUGAAAAUCGUUCUAUGAGUCGAAAACUCGAAGAAUAUGGAUCACAAAAAUCUACAUCUAUAUCUACAGCUAAACGUUUAGCAGAAUUUUUGGGGGAUCAAAUGGUUAAAGACAAAGGAUUAGCUUGUCGUUUUAUAAUUUCAAAAAAACCUGAAGGUACACCAGUAACUCAGAGAGCUAUACCAUUGGCUAUUUUUCAAUCAGAAUUAAGUGUGAAAAGGCAUUAUUUAAGAAGGUGGCUUAAUGAUAAUACUAUUGAUGAUAUUGAUAUUCGAGAUGUCCUUGAUUGGGAUUAUUAUAUUGAACGUUUGAGUGGUACCAUUCAAAAAAUUAUUACUAUACCAGCUACAUUACAAGGAAUAGCUAAUCCUGUACCAAGAGUUAAGCAUCCUGAUUGGCUGCAUAAAAAAAUGUUGAUGAAAGCAGAUCCUAUGAAACAAAGAAAAAUUACCACUAUGUUUAAAGCAGCACCGAUUGUUCAAGAACAAGAUUUAGAACAGGUUAGAGAUAUGGAAGAUUUUGGCGAAGAUGCCAACAGUGAGUAUGUUGAAAUCAAGCCUAGACCUAUGGUUACUAAAAAACGUAAACGAGAUCAAUCCCCAGUUCAAGCUAGGAAUUGGAGAGAAGCAUUAGGGCCUCCUCCAUCAGCAACUAAUGUUAAAGAGUGGAUAGUGUAUCAAAAGAAAAAAUGGAAUUGGCAACUUACGAUGAGAGCAAAAUUAAAUGGUCAAAAUGAUAGUAAACGUGUUAAAGAUGAUAAUUUUCAAAUGCCAAAAGGACGGGCUGGCACAUUGGGAGGAUUUCUAAAACGUGCACAACACAGUUUAUUAAGUCAACCAUGGCAAAUAAUUCAAGUUUGCCAAUCUAAUGAAGUAGGAGUGUUAAAAAUUUGGGCAAUGGUUGGAGAAGAACUGCAUAAUAUACGUAUGAAUAUACCUAGAGUAUUUUAUGUAAAUCAAAGAUAUUCUGAGUCAAAUGAAGCAAAUGAACCAGUAUCAUGGGUUAAAGUAAAUAUGAUUUUACCAAGAGCUCGACCUGUAAUGAAUUUAUAUAAAUAUACAAUAUCAGAAAAAGAUUUCAUUGAAGAUAAAGAUAAUUUCAUGUGUGAAAUGUCAAAACCUGAUAUUGAAGGAAUUUAUGAAACCAAAAUUAAUCCAGAGCUUAGAGCUUUAAUAAAUUUGGGCUGUGUUUGUUCCGUUACAUUGGAAGCAGCCAAGAAAUUAGUAGCUUUACCAGAUGUUGGGAGCUUUUCUUUAGAACAAAUGAAACAGGCAUCUCAUAAGUAUUUAACAAAUUAUUCAAUGAAAGAAUUAUAUUUUUAUUGCAAUAAAGCUCCAACUGGGACAAGAGCUAUGUAUGCAUUGUUUUUAACAUCUAAUAAGAAAGCAUUUGUUUGGGUAACAGAUACAGUCAGAACCAAUAAAAUGGCUAAUCUCAAUACUUUGUAUAAUAAGGAGCGAAAUACUAAACUUUCACGUGGUCACGAAGAAUCUAAUUUGCCUCCUGCAGAUAUAACAUUUGAAGUUAGAAUAGAAACAGAAGAAAGGCAAGUUUACAGACAAAUUCAAAGAGUACUUCAAGGUUACAGAGAUGAAAAAAGGGGUCCUACUAUUCUUAUUAUGCAAUCAAAAAUUGAUUACUUACAUUUAUCAUCUAAUAUUCCUAUAAUGAAUGAAUUUCCCAUCGUAACAUUACAUGUACAAGAUACAUCAAACUCCAUUUAUACUCAAUUAGAAUGGCAACGAUUUGGAUGUAAUUUAAUAGUCAACCAUUUCUUGAACAGCCCAGAAAAUAUGAAAAUCAUGCUGGAACAAUGUAGAUAUUUACAAAUACCCCUUGGUAAUCUACCUGCUGAUGUUACAUUAUUCGCAUCGGAUAUUUUUUUUGCUAGACAUUUGAUGAAACAUAAUUUUGUACUUUGGAUAUCUGAAACUGACAAACCAGACUUGGGAGGACGUGAAUCAGAUGAUAAUAGAAUGUUAAUGGAUUUAGAGGAAAGUUCAAGUAUGCUUGUGAAUAAUGAAGGUUGUUACACAUCAUACUGUAUUGAGCUUGAAAUUGAUGCAUUGCCUGUUACUACAUUAUUACAAUCUCACCAUAUUCAUGAUUUUGAAGGUACAAGUACAGGUGUUGCAUUUGAUCAAGUACCUCAAGCGUCACUUGAAGAAAUUAUGGAUGGAGGUGCAUUUGUAAACCCCACUUAUGAUGAAAUGGCAUUAUGUUCAGCUGCUUUUCGUGUACUACGUUCAAUGGUUAAUGUUUGGUUUAGAGAUGUUGUGUUACAUCAAAAUCGUUAUGCUGAUUUUCAAAUGGUACAUUUUUACAGAUGGUUAAGAUCAUCAAAUGCACUUUUAUAUGAUCCAGCUCUACGAAAAACUCUAUAUAGUUUAAUGAGAAAGCUUUUUAUGCAACUUAUUGCAGAAUUCAAGAGACUUGGUUCUACAAUAGUUUUUGCCAAUUUCAAUAAGAUAGUUAUAUGUACUAAAAAAAAAUCUCUAGAAGAUGCAAUUUUUUAUGUUCGUUAUGUUGUACAAAAUAUUACUAAUAAAGAGUUAUUUCAUAGCUUACAAAUAUCAUUAGGACCUUGCUGGGAGUACUUAAUGUGGUUGGAUUUGUGGAAUUAUUCUGGAGUUAAAGCAAAAUUUUCAGAUCAAUUAAAAGAAGCUAUGGGAGAUAUUAUCGAUAUGGCUAAUGAGGAUGUUGAACAGCUUUUGAAGGACCAUGAUACAAUUAGAUUAGAUGAUGAUGUGGGUAUUGAAAUGAAUUGGAAUGUUGCUGAAUUUCUUCCUAAUGUUUGUCAUUCUCGUAAACAUUUUGAAGAAACUAUUGCUUUAUAUAUGAGUGCUAUUUAUAAGUAUAUGAAAUCAAUUGAUUCUGUUACAAUAAAACGUAUUUCAGAAUCAUUGUCUCAAGUUACUCAAAGCAAUAUGUUAGGUGUUGCUUCUUGUGAAAAUAUUGCUGAAUAUGCAAAAACAAUAAUUUCAGAGGAGUUAACUACCAGAUUAUUUACUAUAACACAAAAAAUUCAUAAGAAAUACCCAGUAUUGGAUAUUGAGCAUCAAAAUACAUUGUCUCCAUUUUUGCAAAAUAAAGGAAAACAUUUAAACCCAGCACUUCAGUUUGUUAAAACUGUUUGUAAAGUACUUUCGUUGGAUUAUGGGAUUGAAGAUGAUGUAAUGAGACUACGAAGAAAUCUUUUGCGACUAAUAGGUAUUGGAGAUUUUAGUGAUCAAGCUGAAUGGAAUGAUCCAUGUCUGUCAUGGAUAUUACCUGAAAUUAUUUGUAAAGGAUGCAAUCAUUGUAGAGAUAUAGAUCUAUGCAAAGAUUCUCAUCGUACUGUUAUUGAUGGAAAAAAAACAUGGCUUUGUCCAAACUGCAAUAGUCACUAUGAUAAUUCCCUUAUUGAACAUUAUUUGAUUGAUGCUCUUAGUAGAAAAGCUAUGGCCCAUACUUUACAAGAUUUACAAUGUAAAACAUGUGCACAGAUUAAAAUGGAAAAUUUAAAUGCAUACUGUUCUUGUGCUGGAAGUUACACUACAGUAAUUACUAAAAUUGAUAUUGUGUCAUACCUAAAAACAUUUAAAGCAAUAGCAGAUUAUUAUGAUAUGUCAGUUCUAAAUCAAAUUUUGCAACAGUACUUGAACUAAAACUAUUCUGCUUAUAGUUUUAGAUAAUUAUUAUAAAAAUUAAAUAAAUUUAUUGAGAUUAAUUAUACAAAGUGGAAAUACAUUAUCCACCAAUUUUUGAGUAUUCAGUUGUAUACAUUUCUGGAACAGAUAAUAUUUGAGCUAAUGCUGAGUUAUGUGAAACUGAAACUGGUAUUUCAAAAGUAUUUUCAUAAUUAAUUAAUGAAUUAAUUGGUUUCUUAUAGGCAUCAGUCAUCUCAGUUUUAUGAGCACUUCAAAAUAAACAGUUUGUUAUUGCUUAAAUUUUCAAAUUUUUAAAAAUGAACUGUAUUUAAUUACUUAUGUGGUAUUUUUUUCAUUGUGUUAGGAAGUAUACGGAGAGUGGUUUGAUGAUUAAUUAUUGGCUUAUUGUUAUAUAAUUCAUUUACCAAUAAAGUUCGUUUUGUAUU